AUGAAACAGCAAUAUAUUGACAUCAACGAGGCCUUGCGUGCCAACAAGCUCGAGUGGUCCCCGCUUGCGGCAAAACUUGGGUUUCCCCUUCGACACACGCACGACGCGAUUUCGGUUUCAAGUACGCAACCAGAGGCGAAUCUCACGGUUAUGUACCAACAAGCCGAACAAAUGGCCAAAGUGUUUGGUCUCGAGUGCAUGGGUGAGUUUGCGCUGGUAAAGUUUCUCCUUGCAAUCCAAGAAAAUCGGCUCGGGUGCUCGAGCUGGGUGGACUCUGCUGACACCUACGCUAUACGACACCUGGCAGCCGCGGCUCGUCGACCCAACCACCUCGUCCCAUCUCCACCGACCCAUCCCGAGACAACCACCUACAAUCACCUGCUCUCAAAAGGCUCGCGACCCGCCUUCCUCGUAGUCGGAAAUGGGUUCACAAGCCCUGGUCCCAAUCCGUCGGGCGUCUCCUACGCCCACAGUUGCAUCAAGAUCAUCUUUCGCUGCCUGCAGGCGCUUGGACUGGAGAGCAUGUACUUCUGUACCGUCAGCGAGUAUUUGACGUCCAAGCUCUGCUGGCAUUCGGACUGUAGGGACACGGAUGGAACGCGGAACUGGUGAGUCUGCCAUGAUUGAGACCUCUUGAUCACUUGCCGAGUCGUUUCUACCGCGUUCGGCCCUCAGCUCGGGUCACUGACACUCGCGCCGUGUUGUGAUUGGCCUCCGCAGGGUCGGUCUUGGCCAAAAAUCGAACGGAUCCACCUGUUUCCGCGUUUCCCUAGGCGGUGGGACCUGCGUCCAUAUGCCUGCCGACCGGGACAUCAUGGGAGCGGGGAACUGCCUGAAUGCGUUCGAGCAUGAGAUCCUAUGGGGCCGGCACCCCUUCUUCCGGUCGGCUCCCGCCGCUGUGCAAGCAUCGCAGGACCAGCAGUAA